CAGCGCUACGGUCACAUUGCGUGUGAUUCACUUGAAUAUUUUAAAAUAAAAGCUGCAAGCUCCCCGAAAUUAGUUGAUAACUUGCAUUUAACAAACAAACAAAACUCGCUGAUUACUGGUGAUGUCACAGCUGCGCUCGAAAGUCAUUAGCCUCUACAAGCACUUGCAGUAUUUGGGCCGCGAAUAUCCCGGCCUAAACGGGCCGCAGAAGUUCCGCAAGCAGAUUCACGAUGCCUUUAUGAACCACAAGGAUGAGCAGGACCCCAAGAAGAUUGUCGCUCUGCUCGCCCAAGGCCGCUACCUGGCCAAGGAAGUGGAGGCGCUGUACUCCCUGAAGAAGUACCGCAGCGUGAAGCAGCGCUACAGCUACAAUGACUAAGCUUGGCGGGCGCAACGAGAUGGAGGCGUGGCAGCGAUGCGGAAAUCUGAAUUCAAGGACUGAUGAAUGGAUGACGGGGGACGGAGACUGGGAUUAUUGUUCGGAGAGAGGAAUGUGAGAAUAUGAUACGCGAAUGCCUUGCUUGUCACAUACAAAAAGAGCACACACACACACACACAUAUACAUAUAUAUGCAUAUUCUUUUGCCAAAGCUUAACAGAGUCCCAAGCAAACAUGCAAAAAAAAAAAAUACAUAAUAAUAAUUUCGAAUGUCUUGUCAAUGUC